GCAAGUUCUGUGUAUGUAGUAACGAAGCGUGUGCAGUCACUCUGGCAACGUGUACGACUCGGCGUACAGUACGGACUCGUCGAGGAGGUUAGGACGAAGCGUGAUCGUGUGCCGGUGGUGGUGGGCUGCGUGCGUUUCCCCGAGGAGAGCGCGCCACGACAGAAACGUGUGCCUCUGCCUAGUGCCUGCGUGCCAGACCGCUCGCUCACCCGCUUCUGGUGAAUUCGUAUGGUGAAUUAUUGAUCCGCGGCGGCGUGUGCGUGCGGAAAAACCGCGCGAGUAAAAGAGACGAAUUCGCAGAGGAUAGGAAAAGAGUCAGACGGACGGAGGAAACGUUUAAAGAUAUAAUACGCCGGUGUCGUUGUUUUGAAAACUGUGCGCGCGCGAACACGCACUCCGACGAUACAUAACACGACUUCUACGAGCUCUGGAGGUGGAGCAGCGGUAGCAGCGACGGAUUUUCUUUCCCCUAGGCGGGACCAAGCGAAGUGUUCGCACGUAUUCCAUUGCUCUCGACGACUACGUGUGUCUACAUACGUGUCUCUCUCCCCUUUCCUGUCAUUCUCGCGCGUUCUCGUUCUCUUUCUCUUUCUCUCGUUCUCGCUCUUGCACUCUCUCUUUCUCUCUCUCUCUCUCUCUCUUUCUCUUUCUCUAUUCCCCGCUCUUUCUCUGCUCUCGCGUGUUAUAUGUGUGUGUGCGUUUCUCUCCGUCUCACUCUGGCUGCGUUACCGUCGCCGCGUGUGCGUCAACAAAACUAAACGCGGGAAAAGCUCGGGCGCGAAAUAUAUUCGCGGGGAAUGUACAGGGUGUUUAUCGUGAUACGCGGUGCGUUUUCGAUGCUCGGCCAGUGAGUGCCCAGUGCAGAGAUACGGGAACGGAUAUUUAGACGACCGGGAGAAGUUCAAACGGGAAGUGUUGUCGUCGUCGUAAGACGACGGCGACGACGAUCGCGACAACGACAGCCACGACGAUAAACGUUCGAGGAACUUAAACGCGACGCUGUUGUCUUUGUCGCGCUCUUUCGCGUCUUGAUAAAUCCAGGACAAGCAAAACCCUUCCUUCGCCGCCGCGACUUGGAUGGAUACUGUGCAUUAUUUCUGGAGUGCACCCACGUCGCUGUCAUCCUGACCUGCCCGAGAAAUCCUCAUGAAAGACUGGGAACUCAGUACUCAGAAUAGCAUCGGCAGUGCGGUGGCUGCAGCCGACACCAUUUCCGCGCCGUGGACUCCAGCGAGUUCCGGGCCGCCGCCCGACGCGAACGGCUCCGGCUCGGAUACCAAGAACCUCGACGUUGGCGAAAUUAGCGAUGACGAGAAGGACUUAUCGGCGGCAGACGCGGAGGGUGUAUGGUCGCCGGAUAUCGAGCAGAGCUUCCAGGAAGCUCUCACUAUAUAUCCGCCAUGCGGCCGACGCAAAAUCAUCCUGUCCGACGAAGGGAAGAUGUACGGCCGCAACGAGCUGAUUGCCCGCUACAUCAAACUGAGAACAGGCAAGACGAGAACGCGAAAGCAGGUCUCUUCGCACAUACAAGUCCUUGCUAGGAGAAGACUACGUGAAGUCCAGGCGAAACUCAAAGUGGAUCAAGCCGCCAAGGAGAAGGCGCUCCAGACAAUGUCGAGCAUGUCAAGCGCCCAGAUAGUAUCAGCUGGGAGUGCGAUACACAACAAGAUGCCCCCCGCCCUCGUGGGACCCCUUGCCCUUCACGCUUCCACCCCUGUCUCCUAUCCCGGAGCGCAAUUUUGGCAGCCGGGUCUGCAGCCAGGAACGUCCCAGGAUGUCAAGCCGUUCUCGCAGCCGGCGUACACCGGGAAACCAGCGACGGCGGUCUCGAGCGGUGACAUGGUCCAGGCUCAACCACCCCCGCCCUGGGAAGGACGUGCCAUUGCAACCCACAAGCUCAGACUCGUCGAGUUUUCGGCUUACAUGGAUCAACAGAGAGAUCAGGAUAUUUACCACAAACACCUGUUCGUCCACAUAGGAGGAUCUGCGACUUACGCAGAUCCGUUACUGGAGGCUGUUGACGUUAGGCAGAUAUACGACAAAUUCCCAGAGAAAAAGGGUGGCUUGAAGGAACUGUACGAUAAAGGACCUCAGGCAGCCUUUUUUCUCGUUAAAUUCUGGGCUGAUCUCAAUACGAACAUCCAGGAUGAAGCUGGAGCCUUCUACGGUGUGACUAGCCAGUACGAGAGCAACGAAAACAUGACGAUAACGUGUUCGACCAAAGUUUGCUCUUUCGGAAAACAGGUGGUGGAGAAAGUGGAGACGGAAUACGCUAGGUUCGAAAAUGGCAGGUUCGUCUAUCGUAUUAGCCGUUCACCAAUGUGCGAGUACAUGAUCAAUUUCAUACACAAAUUGAAGCACCUGCCGGAGAAGUACAUGAUGAACAGCGUACUCGAGAAUUUCACCAUUCUCCAGGUUGUUACGAACAGGGAUACGCAGGAAACGUUAUUAUGCACGGCAUACGUGUUCGAAGUGUCGACAUCCGAGCACGGUGCGCAACAUCACAUAUACAGAUUGAUCAAGGACUAGCCUGCUUGAACCUGCUCGCCAUGCAGCCAUCCACCCCCAUCAGUGCCUACCAUCACAUAAAAAAAUCAUCCAUACGCGCAUACAUACAAUUACACACCAGGUAUAUUAACCCUUUGAAGUACGGUGGUCAAUUGCGUACGACCACGAGUUUAACGUAAGUUACUAUCAUUUCUUUACUUCGCUCAAUGCUAGUUUCGCCCGUGACACGAUUAACGGGGGCAACGUAUACUUUUUUACGGUAUAAAUAGAAUAUUUACGAACGUUAAAUAUAAUAUUUAUAUUAUAUAUUGUAAUUUACAGAAUUUGUAGUUUUAGUCGACCUGUACGUUACAGAAGUGUAUUUUUUACAAUCUGAAUUUUUUAUCAGUUACUUAUCACGCGGAUUGCUCUUAAAUGUACGCUUCAAAGGGUUAAGCGUGAAUACAUGAUUGUAAACACGCUCGAACUAUAUAUAUACAUAUGUUUAUAUGUAUACACAUCUCACAUAUUCGUUUAACCGAGUUUCCAUCGAAAAUGUUCCGUUGUUUAAAUAAAAAAAAAAGAAGUGACAGCGUUAACAGAUCGUGUGUCGGAUAAAAUUUAUGUCAAACGUAGAUUUUUAAACACACGCUUAAGAAUUGCUGUUUAAAUCCAAGAUGCGUUUAAUUAUUUUAAUCGAUCCGCAUUAUGACUAGAUUGUAUAUUUAAUAUGAUAUUCGGAAACAUUUUCUGCGAAACUCGUUAAAGAGAACUUGAAAUUGACACACACACACACACACACACAUACACACAGAGACACGCGCACGUACACACAUUUCACAUACACGUUAGGAGUACUGCCCAGCCCGAGCUUGAGUUUGAUUCAAAACUGAUAAAAAUUGUAUUAAAUAAUUGGCACGCGUGUUUUAGUAUAUUACGGAAAGAGUUUCUCGCGUGUAUUGCCAGAAAGCACGUUCCAAAUUUCGGAAUUGUAAAUUUUAUAUUAAAACAGAUAUAAUCGUAUAUAUUUUAUGAAUAUUUCCGUCAUUCGCAAACAGACGAACCGAAAAUCGUCGUGGUUUUAAUAAAGAGAUAUAAUAAAAGUUAAGUUAAAAAAUUGACAAUAAAUUUGGUAUGAGAAUGCGUCGAUAAUAGUGUAUGUACCAAGAUAGAAAAAAAAGUACCGUAAAAAAAAAAAAAAAGGAAACAGACUCUGAUCUCGGAAAGGCGUGGUACCAACAUAAUUUAGUAUUAUAGUUUUAUUAUUAAACUAGGGAAUAGAUCAGACAAGACAUCCACACGCAGAUAUACAUAUAUUACAUAUAAGAAUAUAUAUGUUAAAUAUUAAUGCAAUGAUUACAAUUUACAUUGUUAUAAAUGAUCAUGUAUAAAGUUAUCUAAGUGAUUUCUAAGUUUUAAACGAAAAGGAAGUUUAAUAGAGAUGUAUGCCAUUAUGAUUUCUUAAGUCUCCUUGGUUACAUUAUCAUUAUUAUAAUUUUUUUUUUUUUAUUAUCAAAAGCGAGCACAGUCAAGAAUAAUAUGGUGAAACGUUACACACCUUUCCUUAAGCUUUUUGUUGUAGAACUGUUUUCUCUUUCUUAGCUAUUAUUACAACUAACGUAAGAGUUUUCGCUGCAGAGCUUUUUAAUUCUCAAUGAUCAGAUAAAAGAAAGGAAGAUGAGACAUUUUGGUCGUCGUUUUUUUUACGUAUUUGUAAAAGUUAAUCUUUUAAACGCACUUACAGUUGUGCAAACCCACCCACUCUUAGGCAGCGACACUUAGAUUAGAGGGAUGUGUUUGUAUUUAUUGUAAUCACUUUCUUUCUCGUACUUCUAAGAUCUUUUCUUUUUUUUUCUUUUUUUUUCUAUAGUUCUUACGUGAAUGACUUUCUUACUAAGCAUAUUUCGUUUGUUUUUAUCUUUCUACUACAGUUGUAAAGCAAUGCGUUUGAUUACAUCGAUUGCACACGUUAGAUACGGACAGUGUCCAUCAGAAAGUCGAAACAGGUGACAGAGAUGUUUCCUCUUUAACUUGACGAUCCGAUACCACGACUUUCCGUCUGAAGGAUACCGAAGUUCAAGCAUAUGUAGUACAUCUGUUACUUGAACUUGGUUCUCCAUUGUUACGAAAACCAACAACGGUAUAGCGUGAUUUCAUUGCAGCUCUCUAAAUUUGAGCAUACUAUCACGGAAAUCUUGCUUGAUAAUUUGUUUCGUACUUAAAUAUCAUUUUGACAUUCAACACAUGGACCACAAAAGUUCAAUGCAGAGAUUCUGUUUCAUGAUCAUAGUAACAAUUAUUUAAGGAGUAGAGGAUCAUUAUUUUACGAUCAGUUUUAUUUAGUCGCAUCUCUCGCAGAAACUAUGCGUGUAAAUUUGCAGAAAACAUUUUACGUAUUCUUUAAUCUGAUCAAUUGUAUGUUCCAAAACAGAACUCGCCUGUAAGGCAGUGAAUAUUAAGAUAUACAGGAAAGAAUCAUCUAUGCUUUAAGAAAAUAUUAAUAAUACUUAUUGUAUUUUUACUUUAAUUAACUUUUAUGCAACAAGUGGCAAUGUAUUUUGAUCUCUCUUUUAGUCAGAAAUAAUGUCGCUUUUUAUUUGGGGUGAGAAUUGAAUUUGCUAAGUGAUUGACUGAAUAACGAAGGAACUUAUAUUUAAAUAAUAACGUAUGUGGCUUUCGUUCGAUAAGUGGCAGCUUUCACAAUUUUUACUUAUUGUUACAUUUCUUUUUUUUUUUGUAAUAAUUGAUCAUAAGCGUUGUUUUUACAUAUUAUUAUCUAUACAUUGUAAUUUUGAAAAAUUCUGUGUACAUUAAAGUGGAAUUGGAACCGUCGAGAUGUUCUUACGUGACGUUGUUUUUAAAUUAAUUUAUUGUACUUUUUGUUUAAUAAUUUUGUUCUUGUAUCAUUUGGAAGAAAGAGUAAAAUUGAUCGACUUGGAAUUUAGAGGGUGAAUGGAUGUUAAAUAUAAAGGUCUCGGGAAUUUAAUAGUUUUCGAGAUACUAAGUUAGCUUUGGCUAUCUUUUGUUCCGUACUAUAAAUGUUUAGGUUCGAUUAGAAUGGUAUAUUGCAAUGUAACUUUUUCCAGGCGACAAAGUUAAAAUUUGACAUAAAGCCCAUUUUCUGUGGGACAAAUACGUAUAUUUAAGCGGCGAUAUACAUAUAUAAUUUUCAAUAUUUCUUUAUUAAUAUCUUGAAAACUGUUUAAUUUCUGAAGUUAAAAUUUUAUAUUUGGCAUCCAUUUCCCCCUAAAAUUUCAUGUUGAUUCGAAAGAAUGUCCAAAAAAUUGUUUAAUAAUGCAGACAGAGAUUGUCUCAAUACAGGUCGUUUUGUUUAAUCGUUCAGUAGACGAACAUGCAUCUCGAGGUUUUAAAUCGACUUAUAAUGAGGCGUUAUUAUUGAGGAAAAAAAAACAUAUUUCGCAAUGUCUUUGAAACAUACUCAAAUCUCAUUUCGGUUAUGCGAAUUUUUAUUUCGAGGAAAAAGAAAAAAAUAACGGGAGGAGUAUGAAAUCGAAAAAAGGAGCACCGACACUAAUAUUAUUAACAUUAACGAAUAAUGAUUUUAAAGUAAGCGAAUUACAUUUAUAAGAAAAGAUUAUGAAAAUAUAUAUUUAUCUAUGUCUUCUGUGAAGAUAGAAAAUAGCACUCUCUCACUCUAUAUUGAUGAUAUCAGAAAAAAUCGAAAUCCAAUAAAGAUACAAAACGCAGAAGUAGAUUAGGAGGAUAAAAAAAGAAUUCCCACUGUACACAAUACAUAAUACGAUCAAUGACAAACCGAAAUUUGUUAAAUAUCUUUGUACAUAUUUACAUAAAGAUCAUCAAAAGAAAAGUUCCAGUGGCUACGUUUAUGUACUGUUAGAAGUACGGCGAGAACAAAAAUCGUUUUAUUUGUAUAUCGUGAAAUCGGUUCAACACUAUGAAAAUGAAACAUUAAAAUAUUUUGUCCGUAUUUUCAUAGAGACUCAUCCGUCAGGCAAAUAAUUAUAAAAUGUAAAAAAAAUUUGAUUUGUUUCAAUGUUACGAUACAUCUGCAAUCUAGUUUUAUAACGACAAUUGGAAAUUCUAAAAUUUUUUGGCGAAUAUGUUUGAACUACCACAAAUCGUUAUCUCUAUGAAAACAUCGACUGCAAUCCUAAUAGCGUAUUAUGUGCAGAAAUCGUUGAAUUAUGUGCAAAAAUUAAAAACUCACACAGAUUUGAAAUUUAUAUUUCUUCAUAUACUGCCAUAUCAAAGAAUUGAGCUUGAUUAUAAAAAUGAUUAAAUGAAAUAUUGAUCAGAAAGAAUGGGAUCUACCUGUAUAUUAUCAUAAAUAAAAUGAAACGAGGAUCAAAGUAGUUGAUUUAACAAGUAAAUAAAGAACGAAAUGAUAUAUCAUUAAA